AUUCAAACACUCGAACUCUAAAGACUAAAAAAUACUCUCCCACUCCCUCUCUCUCUCUCUCAUCAUACUUCUCCCUUCCAUCUUCAUUCAUUUCCAAUUCAGAGCUUUUCAGGAGAUGGGCGGGUCAACCAAGUGGAUAAAAUCGCUUGUGGGCGUCAAGAAACAAGACAAUGACGAUGACAAUGAGAAGUUGACCACUGGAGGCAAUAUCAGAAAAGGUAAGAAGUGGAAGCUGUGGAAGGGCUCCUCAGGUUCUAGAAGCAGCAGAGGGUCAGAAGCAGCUUCAGAUACCUCCUCAAUCGCUGAUGGGUUUACUACUGCAAUGGCUGCGGUGGUUAGAGCUCCUCUCAAGGAUUUUAAAGCGGUCAGAGAAGAAUGGGCUGCUAUUAGGAUUCAAACUGCAUUCAGAGGAUUUUUGGCUAGAAGAGCAUUGAGGGCGCUUAAGGGAGUGGUGAGGCUUCAAGCUCUUGUUAGAGGCCGGCAAGUGAGGAAGCAGGCUGCAGUUACUCUGAGGUGUAUGCAAGCUCUUGUUAGGGUUCAGGCACGUGUACGUGCACGGAGGGUAAGGAUGUCGACUGAGGGGCUGGAGGUGCAGAAAAUGCUCGACGAACGGCGUGGAAAGGCUGAGGUUUUGAAAGAAGCUGAGGAAGGAUGGUGUGAUAGCCAAGGUACCCUCGAAGAAGUAAGAGCAAAAUUACAGAUGAGGCAAGAAGGAGCUUUGAAGAGAGAACGAGCAAUUGCUUACUCUCUUGCCCAAAAGCAAUGGAGACCAUCUUCAACAAAUGGGAAGCCUAACAAUUCAUCGACAGCCUGUCUAAAACCUCAUGAGCUCAGUAACAGCAACUGGGGGUGGAGUUGGUUAGAGCGAUGGAUGGCAGCGAAGCCUUGGGAAAAUCGAUUAAUGGAUCAAAAUCCGAAAAACGGUGGAAAUGUCAAAGAAAUAUGCCAAAAAUUUUCUGAACCAUGUUCAGUAAAAAUCAAGAAGAACAAUGUGACAACCAGAGUUUCAGCGAAGCCCCCUGCAAUGCUCUAUAAUCAUGGGUCUAAAGUUCCUAAAGUUUGGUCUGCAUCCUCUUCAGAACUCCGUUAUGAUGAGAGUUCAGCUUCAUCUUCUUCUAUCUGCAACUCUACACCGAUAUCAGGUACUACACUAUUAGCAUCUGAAAAGACUGAGGAAAGCACUAACAGUAGGCCCAACUACAUGAGCUUGACUGAAUCCACCAAGGCAAAGCAGAAGAUUUGCAAGGAUUCUGAAUACAGCCCUUCAUUCUCUUCUCAAUUAGCAAGUGCAGCAUCAUGGAAAGAUAAGAGCUUGAUGAGAAAUCAUGGAAGAUGAGAAUAUUGUUGCUGUAAUGUGAGGCCGUAGUGUUAUCUUUUGCCACUUGUGGAAGUUUUAAUUUUGAUCUUCAAUCAUUUCCUUUUGUGUAUGUUUGGUGCUCAACGGCUUGUUGUAGUGUGCUACCAUGUUAAUGUAUUGUGUGAUUAACUUCCAAAAUGUCCUGGUGUUCUGUUGCCA